GGAGCGCGCCGCCCUCGGGGGCAGCCGCAAGAUGCCGAGCGCGCAGCGCGGCGGCCCCGGAGCGCUGCCCACGCCACUCGGGCCCGCUGGAUCGAGGCUGCGGUUUCGAGGCGAAAAAGCGACACAAUAAGCGUGGAUCCGUCCACCGAACCGGCGCGGCAGCUAGUGACGCCUUUCUCCACGGCGCCCUCUAGCGGUUGGUCUGCAGAAGCGCCCUUCGCGGGUUCCUGGGGACCCCGCGUGCGUGCGCGAUGGGUUCCACCAGCAUCCCGCUGGUCAAGGCCCUCCGCAGCUCCGUCUCGGACUAUGUCAACUAUGACAUCAUCGUCCGGCAUUACAACUACACGGGAAAGCUGAACAUCAGCGCAGAGAAGGAGAAUGGCAUUAAGCGGACCUCGGUGGUGUUCAUCCUCAUCUGUUGCUUCAUCAUCCUGGAGAACAUCUUCGUUUUGCUGACCAUUUGGAAAACCAAGAAGUUUCACCGACCCAUGUACUACUUCAUUGGCAACCUGGCCCUCUCAGACCUCUUGGCGGGAGUGGCCUACAUAGCCAAUCUGCUCUUGUCUGGGGCUACCACGUACAAGCUCACACCCGCCCAGUGGUUUCUGCGCGAAGGGAGCAUGUUCGUGGCGCUGUCGGCCUCUGUCUUCAGCCUCCUGGCCAUCGCCAUCGAACGCUAUAUCACCAUGCUGAAGAUGAAACUGCACAACGGCAGCAACAGCUUCCGCUCCUUCCUGCUCAUCAGUGCCUGCUGGGUCAUCUCCCUCAUCUUGGGGGGCCUGCCCAUCAUGGGUUGGAACUGCAUCGGGGCGCUGCCCAGCUGCUCCACCGUGCUUCCCCUCUACCACAAGCACUAUAUCCUCUUCUGCACCACCGUCUUCACUCUGCUCCUGCUCUCCAUCGUCAUUCUCUACUGCAGGAUUUACUCCCUGGUCAGGACUCGGAGCCGACGCCUGACUUUCCGCAAGAACAUUUCCAAGGCCAGCCGCAGCUCGGAGAAGUCCCUGGCCCUGCUCAAGACCGUCAUCAUCGUCCUGAGCGUCUUCAUCGCCUGCUGGGCCCCGCUCUUCAUCCUGCUUCUGCUGGAUGUGGGCUGCAAGGUGAAGACAUGUGACAUCCUUUUCAAAGCCGAGUACUUCCUGGUGUUGGCCGUGCUCAACUCGGCCACCAACCCCAUCAUUUACACGCUGACCAACAAGGAGAUGCGCAGGGCUUUCACUCGUAUCAUGUCGUGCUGCAAGUGCCCCAGCGGGGACUCCACAGGCAAAUUCAAGCGCCCCAUCAUUGCCGGCGUGGAAUUCAGCCGCAGUAAGUCGGACAAUUCCUCCCAUCCGCAGAAGGACGAUGGGGACAACCCAGAGACCAUCAUGUCUUCUGGCAACGUCAACUCAUCUUCCUAAAAUCGAAAGCUGCUGAGGUCACCGACCACCAGUGUUUGGAGAAACAAAGUUUCCACAGCUGCCUAAGAGCCAAGGGAGCUGUUGGAACCGGCCUGGUGGUCGUGGGUGUUGGUGGCUUGAGUGAGUUCCGGUGAACAAUGCCCUGGGAAGGGUGGAGAUCAGGUCCUGGCCCGGAGUCUAUUUCCUCCUCCCUGGAGUUUUGAUUUUUGCACUGAGCCAAAGGUCUAGCAUUGUCAAGCUCCCGAAGGGUUGUUCAUUCGGCUGCUCCUCAUAGACCAGUGUUCGGUCCCCGAUAUGAAAGCUCCCUGGAGCUUUGAGGAGGUGUUUUCUUUCACUUUAGUUUCCAAGCCAACUGUGUACUUCGCUCACGUAGGUAUGCGCUCCCUGGCCCACCCUCCUUUGCCUUUCACAUCCGUCCUCGAAGUUCUUUUACUUUUUAUCUUAACUCCCUGACCUUCAUCAGAGCUGGAGGCGGUAGGACGGACCUUUUCUCGAUCAAUUGAUCAGCCAUCAGGUUGGGUUCAGUAGAUCAAGUUUUCAGCAUGUAGGUAGACCAUGAGGAGAUAGAGAUGGAUUGGGGAUGUAAAGCAGUUUCAUUUGCCUAGGCCAAAGUUUCUCUGAGCUGCAUCAGUGUUUGGGACCUAUUGGAAUCACUUUAAUUUUGCUCCCUGCCGCUCAACCCCCCCCCCCCCCACCUUGACAAUGAAAUUUGUUACAGUAUGAUUUGUGGUUGAAAUCUGAGUAAAAAAAGUCCAAGAUCUCUACCUGUUGGUAGCUAGAAACCUUAGUAUCCUAGGGGAAAGUAAACAAAAACAAAGUCAAAACUGGUCAGAAUUGUCUUCUACAAACCAAGAGACAUUUUUUUUAAUGACGUCACCUAACAAAUGCAUAUGUCUUUGGCACUUUCCUUGAUGUUUAUUUCAGAGUGUUGUGUGGUUCAUUUCAGCCGGUGGGAUGGUUGUAUUUUGUUCUGUUAAAAGUAUUUUUCAUGAUUUUUGAAUGUAUUUGUUUCAGCAGAGAUGACUUUUUUGGAUUUUUUUCUAACCUGUGUUAACACCCGUUGAAUGUGUAUUUUAUACCACCCUCUUGUGCCCUCUAAAGCAUUACUUUAACUGAUACAGAACUUCAGAAGUUUUUCAGUACAGUUACUCAUUUAAUAGCUAAUUGAGGAUGUGUAUAAAUAUCACAAGGAAUAAAAUUAUGUCUCUGUCUCUUUCGUAGGGUUUUCAGUGCAAUUAAACUGAGAAAUUACUUUUUUUUAAAAAAAAAAUAGUAUUUAAUGGGUUCUUUCCUGACUGACGUGGAUCAUUUUGCACAUAGCUUUAUCAACUUUUAAACAUUAAUAAACUGAUUUUUUAAA